CCCGCCCCCGAUAGGCGGCGGCCAUGGCGGCCUGGAGGGUCCGGGUGUCCGCGGGCGCCGCGCUCAGAAGGCAGCAGCCUGCCGCCCCGCCGCCAAAACCACCCCGGGUCGGAGCGGAGUUCCGACAGCACCUCAGAUUCACCUUCUGCUCCGCUUCGAAGGGAGACCGCGGCGUCUCCGGGCCCGAAUCGCCAGAGGGAGGGGCGACGGGUCGGGCAAGCGAAGAGUUAACGGAGGCAGAGGGGAGGAUCGCGGAGCUGCACGCUGCAGCCUGCGCGGCCGGCCAGCUGAACUACGUGGACCCAGCUACCGGCUACGUGGUGCUCACACAGCUUGCCCACGUGCAGCGAGGCCACUGCUGCGGUUCUGCCUGCAGACACUGUCCGUAUGGCCAAGUCAGUGUUAAAGAUCCAUCCAAAAAGAAGCAAUUCAAUUCGUAUUUUUAUGUUUGACAACAGUUUCAUCUCUGUUCUCCCUCUAAUUGAGUCUUAUUUUAAAAAAAUAAAACCGUAAUCCAGAA